AUGCCAGCUCCUGAGGUACCGAGUCCCCGCAGCACAGACGACCUCUGCAGACCAGCUAAUUUCUUCCGAGGCAGCUGCUCACUUGCAUGCACUCAGUCCCAUAAAAUCUACUGUGCACCCAAAGCGAACGCCAACGAGCCGAACGAGGCGCCGGUAGCCAACCAGCCCACGAAUGGCGAAACAUUACAAGAGGCAGUUAUCGAAGACACAAGCCAGAAGUCUUCGAUUGCCGCUAUUGGCGGAUCAACUGAAAUCCAAGAACUCCUCCGUCGCUACCCCCAAUUUCGUGAACAAUUAUAUGAAACAUAUUUAGCAACCAAAGAAGAGGAAUGGGUCGAGUGGUACACGAAACCGGCACGGGGCCGCUCGUUUGGCCGAGGAGGGAAAGCCCCUACUCGCCGUAGCCGGGGUCAGUGGACCACGGAGAAGGGGUUCAACCGUGGCCUGGGCAAGGUACGGAAAUUGAGAAAAGAUUGCGAGGAAGGCACAGAAACAGGCAGGACAGCAGAGGCCUUCAUGCAGUUUCUCAAGCUGGUAAACCAGAGCUCCGCAACUCAGCCGCCAGAAGCGACAUAG